ACCGGGGGUGGCGGUGUACCGAAUUGGGGAGCCAAUCGCAAACCAGAGCUGCACCUCUCCGAACCCACCCACCCGCCUCUCCAGCUCUCCAUCGAAGCGGUGGGUGCUCGGCGGUGUCGGCAGGCGGAGGCCGCCCUUGCUCAGCUGUCGUCCGGGGUGGGGUCAACCCAGCGUCCGGGCUGCCAGCUCUGGUGAACGCGGGUGGGGGGCCAUUUCCCGCGGGGCUGCAAGGAGAGAUCUGCGCUGGUGCGGCGAGGAGCACAGCCAGCCGCUUCUUCCUCGCCUGGCUUCAGCCGCCCGCAGGAGGGAACGCCAUGCCGAAGAGAAAGUCCCCAGAGGGUGCUGAAGCCAAGGAUGCAGCAAAACUAACAAAACAAGAGCCGACAAGACGAUCUGCAAGAUUAUCAGCUAAACCAGCCCCACCCAAACCUGACCCUAAGCCGAGGAAAACCACUAAGAAGGAACCUGGAACAAAGGCUAAUAAAGGUUCUAAAGGGAAGAAGGAUGAAAAACAGGAAGCUGCAAAGGAAGGUACUACACCAUCUGAAAAUGGUGAAAGUAAAGCUGAAGAGGUACUUUAUAUAUCCUGCUGAUUGAGUCAGUGUGUUUUACAAUUCAGUUUCUGAGCCGUUGAAAGCAUGUUCAUAAUACUUUCUUUUAUUGCCCCGUAAUGUUAUUACAGAUUCGCAUCUCUCGCUCAACUGUUAGUGUUUCAACAUCCAGAAGUGUCCUACCCAGCACAUGUCAGUAAAAGGGCAGAUUGAAACAGUGAAAGUUAAGGGUACAGUAGAGCAUUCUGCAUAUGCAGUGAAUAGGAACAGGUAGUAGUGUGGUGCUUUUCAUUGUGAACAAUGGAAGCUAGCAGGUAAGGUUUCUAUGGCUUUUGCAAACCAGGAACCUGUACAUUUAAGAGUGUUUAUAAUUGUCCUGUCUAUAAUAUUAUAGUUGUUAAAUAACCUGUUUGAUCUGCUUCAAACCUUUGUAGCAAAAGGAAAGAUGGCGAGUGCUGAAAAGUUGUUUAGCUAUGAUGAAGAAGUAGGGUUUGAGUCACUUUACAAAAGACAGACUGGUAUAACAUUUUUCCCUUUCCCUUUUACAGGCACAGAAUUGACUCAAUAGAUGACAAGUGCAUGUGAACUGACAUGAACAUUUGAGGAUGUUUUUAUGUACCUCUUGACAACUUUUAAAAGAUAUUUUUAUCAAGUAUUUUGUAAAUGCUAAUUUUUUUAGGACUUACAAUAAGUUGAUAAACUAUAUAUGAACACUUCUUCCUUCCAUAUCAAUGCUUCUAGAAAUUCCCAACAUUGUCAACUUAAGGAAAAAAAAAGCAUAAUUAACACAACUUUGGGGAAAAAAAGUAUUUGUAAAAUUGAACAAGCAUUCCAUAUAUUUGCUUUUCAGAAAUGUAAGUCUUGGUGCAUAUGGUGGUGUUUUUACUGUGGAUGUUCAUAUUUUUCUUGCCAUUUUUUUUCCUGGAGCAAUAAUCUGUGGUGCUUUUGUACUUAAGGAUUAAGUGAUUUUAAUGAAACAUCUAUACAUUUGGCUACCUACUGAUUAUAUGGGGUUCUUUUCAUUUUUUUAAAUAACAAAGUCUCAGUGCUAGCAAAUAUGGUUCACCAGUAUCUUUCUAAAUCAGAGGUAUGCCUUCUAGUGCUUGUCAGAAAAAUAUUAAGCACACUUUAGAAAUUUUGUUACAGUACAGUGGUUUCUGAAUCAAGAUUGUAGCCCAUGAAAACAGUGAGGCUUACAGCACAAUAUUAAAAAAAAAAUGGUGUAUAUCAUGGUUAGGAACAAGAGAUAAGAAUCACAUUUACAAUUCAGGUAUUUUAAGCAAACUAGCAGAGCUGUAAGAGGCAGCCACCCCCCUACAGAGCUAUUUGCCAAACAUACCAGAACACCCAAAGCUUGGAUAUAAAACUGCAAUGUUUAUGGAGCUCUGGUGAGCUAUCUUACGUACCUGGAUGGUUUACACAUCUUGAAGGCUUUACACUUUAUACAAAACAAAACAAACCUAAAAUGCCCAUGGAUUAUAUAAUAAGGUAUUUUUUUUCAGCACUGUUUUAUGCUUCAGUAUUGUUAACAGUGGAAAGUAGUUAAUGCUUUCUUGAAAGAACAGUUACUUCAAUUUUGUAUCUCAUUCUCUUAAUUGUCUCCCAAUCCAUAUAAAUACGUAAGGCUAUGAAAACCACAGUUCCUCUCAGCUGAACCUACACUGGGUAUUUUCUAUUGCUUUUUUGCAUUUACCUACAUUUCUGUAAGAAAAUGGAGAUUAAAAACACUGGGGUGGUCCUCUGAAGCAAUUAUGUAGAAAAAAUAUUUUAAAAGGAGUCUAUAAUUGUAAUUAAAUUGUAACUAAAAAUGUUAAAAUAGCAAAAUUAUUUCUAGUACUCAUGUCAACACUACUUUAGCAUCUUAUAAGCAUCUAGUUAUUCCUCUCUUCUUUUUGCCUGGAAUUUGAGUAUUUUUAUCUUCUGAGGGUUUGGAAAUUUUUUCUUCAGAACAUUUUUAUUGCUAUGCUGGUGGCCAUAAUGUCUGGAGUUAUAUGCAUGUUUGAACCAAUAAAGUAAUUAUCACCCAA